UGUCAAUGUCAACAAGACUCGUCAAAUUCUAACUCAUUCCUCGAUAUUCAAGAACAUCAUGAGCAGCUGGUCGCAACGACAUCGAUAUCGACAAUCAUGACUGACUCUUUUUACUCAGCAGUGCUCCUGGAGCUCUUGUGUCCUGUUUUACCUCCUCCCUCUCCCUCUACCUUGUUUUCCUCUACUUCUGAAUGAUUUCGUCCUGUAAACUACCACGAAUUCUAUCGUUUUUGAUUAUUUGUUGUAAGUAGAAAAAGAGUUUUUCUUCUUCAUUAUUGAUUUGUCCUAGGUGGAACAAAGUAUAAUUAUUUUGACCGACCAAACACUUCGACUUCCAUCCUUGUUCCCUCAGUUUAUGUCUUUCGUUUUGUAGAAACAAAGCAUCAGUUGACUCUCUCCCUCGUUCCUGUUUUGUUGUUCUCGGUGAACAAUAUAGAGACUCACUUGAUAUCGUUGUUGACGGGAUCUUGUAGUUGCUGGCAACCUGUACUCUAGACUCUUCAUCGAUUAGGUGGCACUAAAAAAGCUAAUUUCUGUACUUCUCGUCCUACUCCUAGAGUAUUGUUACAAAAUACCAAGAACAAGAUGGGAAAAAAACGCUCAGGAGGUAAUGGGCGCCGUAACAAGGUACAAGAACUUUUCCAACUUUAGACUACUGUUGUCGCUUGUACCUUCUUGUGCCUUCCUAUCUACUUCAUCGUCUUCACCAUGUUGUGUUCAGUAUCUUCAACAUGAUCGACAGCAACUUCAUCAUCUUCACCAUCUUCUUCUUCACCCCCAUGAUAAUGUAGGGCAAGGUGCUACUGACCGAGGAUGAGGCGCGCUUGAAGGAUCUAACAAAGGAAUAUCAUGGAUUUCAAAGGAGGCUAGCGCCGCUAGCUGCGCAUAUCGACAUCGUGCAAACGAAAAUCGCAAGACAAGAACAAGGAGAAGUAGAAGUACAAAUUAAUUUUAUCAUCAUCAUGAUUUUUCACGAGUAGUUCAACUUCUGAGUUGUAUUUUUAGCAAAUGUAGAGAUUGAGAUACCAGUAGUUGUUUGAACUUCAAGCUAUAAUUGCUUUAUCUUUCAUACGCUACUACUAAUAAAUAUACAAAAAUGAGAAGUAAGAAAAGUUGAUAUAAUCGAAAUCUAAUCACUACUUUCAGGCUAAGGAGCUCAAUCAUGAGAAUGUUGAUAAGACGGGUCGUGCGCCUAAUGCACCAAGCAAGUUCUUGGAGAACAGUUCGAGACUCAAUGCGGUUUUGCGGGAGUACAAUCGGCUUUCGUUUUGCUGCAGUAUCAUUGUGGAGCAGUUGACCUUUAGGGCUCGUCUAUAAUAGAGAAAGAAUCAAUAUCUAUUUAUUUCUAAUAUUUGAAUACGAGCCCAAUAGACAUAGAGUAUCUCAAUAUUUCAAUGUCGAUUUCUCCACUUGGUUUUCCAUGUGCUUUACUUGUAUUACCUGUACGUAUGUAAGAACUCGUAGUCGUAUCCUUGCAUCUCUCACAUAUUUCUGUUUGUCUUCAACUCUUAGAAAAACUUUUUCCACUGUUCGUUAAGAAGAAGAUGUUCUAGGAUAUGCGACACCCUCCUGCUGCUCUAAAACACACUGCUACGUUACAGCCACAGCUUCGCUUCGGUCAUGCUAUGAUGAUACGGGUCGGGUAGGGGCUGGUGGCGAUUGCUCGCCAUGUGGUGGUGGAAGAAAGUAAGCUGAUUGAUCGAUAUUUAUCCUGAUAGUCUGUCUCUGUUCUUCCUUCGUAGUAGUAGUUCUUGUUCUUUUCCGUUUCUGUUCUUUCCAUAUGCUAUUCUUACUAUUCAUGGGUGGAUAUUAGUAUUGCCGGACUUGAAAGAAAUAAAAACAGAACUGAUCAUUUUGCAUGAUGUAGUAGUUGCUUGCCUUCUCUUCCACGCCUGAUCCAUUUACUCUGGCAUUGGUGUAAUUUUUUGGAUUUUGCUCCUUGUUUUUGAUAGAAGGGAAUGUAUCUGUAUCAUGACACAUUGCAAGGCCCACAACCAGAGGAAUGGCACCACGUCCUGUGAGGGAUUUUUUUGGGAGAUAGCAAAAUUAUCUUGAUCUCGUACAACAGGCAAUCGGGAAGUUCAAGUUCUUCAUCGUCUACCUUUAUGGGAUAUACUUGAAACAAGCAGUGUCAACAAUGAGUGAGCAUCAAUAAAUAUGUUCUUGAAUGAUUGCCGGACAGCAGCAAGGUCGCGAUGUCUCUAUGCACUGUGACUCACUCAGAAUCACACCCAUCGUCAUUUCGCUGUAAGUCAGCAAGAGCAGCAGCAUGUUGAUAGUCGUCAAGUCCGCUUCCCUACUAAGUAAUAUGUAUAUUAUAAGUAAAUGUUUGUUUUCUCUAAUAGUACUACGUGCAGAAAAAUUACCGGAGUAUCCCAUUUGUAUCCGCGUGCCCUUGUUGCUGGAGGCUAUCGAUUUCCAAGAAUUUCGAGUAAAACGAUGGCAAUAGUGGCAGCUGCGUUGGCAUUUGGCAUUAUGGUUCAGUCACAAAGAUACUACUUACUUAGCUACUUAAUGUUAAUCACCCACUUCCACGUCUGCUCAGUUAGGUUUUAACUUCAGGAGCUGACGCAGGGGUAGCUCGAAUCUUCAUACAACAAGGCCGCGCUUUAUCUAGUUGUAGAUCUUAGUCCACAUCACACAUUCUUUCGGAAUCGGAACAAGUGAGCUCUUUCUUUUCGUAGCUACCUUUAUUGGCUCUACUAAUGAUACAGUCGUGGAGCUUGGAUCUGCGCGCAGGCGGUUACGCGGGUCGCCACCUGAAAUUGGGGACCACACUACGCCAAAAAAUGCGAAUGUUGGGUGCUUCGGUAUCGUUUGUUCUCCCAAUGUUGCAACAGCCACGCAUUCCUCAUCCUCUUCACAGGUCAUGGCGACUGAAAAUGUUGUGAAGACCGACGAUAAUAGCCUGGCCGCUGCUAAGGCGGGACGAGGUGGCGACGCUAGUAAAAAUGCUGAUCGUGCGGCCGGCGCAGCAGCAGCAGCAGCAAAAGCGGAUGUUGUGGCUGCUUCUCCCUGCGUCUACGCAUUAUGAAGAUGAGUUUUUCGUCAUGAUCGACUACUUAACGUUAACUUCAUGUUCAUUGUGUUUGUGAUCCCUUCACUGCUGGUGAUGACCACACACUGAUAAUUUCAGCUUUGUAGGUUUGUGGGACGGUAGCACUAGCAGUGGUCAAACGAUCUUCACAGACAUUGGACUUGGAGGGUUGAUAAAAACAAAAACUACCGCUAAAAAUGCCCGGCGAGCACAAGUUGGCGCUUAAGGGCCAUGAGCUCGAUGAUCAUGCGCUGAUGAAGUUACUGAGAAAAGUACUACUUUCAGAGGACAACGUACCUGUGCCAGUUAUUAUGGUCAUGGUUUCCGUGUCACUGUUACUGAAGAUCAUUGAGAACUGAAAAGUAGAGAAAUGAAUGGCAAAUGUUUUCUUAUUUAUUCUUGUUGAGUUCUAUAUCAAUCUCGACAUCAUCUCGUCGAGACGCAACAUCUAUAGUAUAGUAUAUCAUAUCUGAUUAUUUGAAUAAAGACCGUAGCAGACGUACUAUACAACUUAUAGUCGCUGUCAAUUUUCUCAGCAGAGGUGGAAUUGAUGUCAUUUAGAUACAACAUAAUAAAUAGAUUCUCGCUCUCCUUCUGGUAGUGGUCGUGCUAAAAAAGUUGCGUUUUUCUCUCCAUUUUCUGGCCUGAGUCAGUCACUACCUAGUUUUUUUAUUUUUCCAUGAAGAUUGAUUAAUGGACGCAUUCAUGAUUUCGGUGACGAUUGGAGAGACAGUGCAGAAUUUGGAACUUCCUGCUAGCACGGAUUGGGAGCAAUUGGUCAAGGGCUGGAAGUUCAAUCACGCGGACACGUGGACGAAAUUCAUGAAGGAACAUCUAGAUGAAGCAACAUGGCGGGGUCGCCUCGAGAUUCCUGGUUCUUUGAACGAGAAGGAGGCGAAAGAUGCGGGGCGGACUGGCUACAUGAGAAGAAAUGAAUUUUAAGGCUUCCAUUAAUAACCAAUCCCUCUCCGUCGUGGAGGUCCUUCACCUUCUACUUGAAGGACAAAGAGUCACUAUCACUAGUUUGCUCAGGAAUGCUUUAUUUUCGUUCAUGCUUAUGGCGAUCUUCGUUACAAGUCGCCGACCAUGUCGUUAGGCCGGAGGAACAAGCGCGAAGCCCUCAGCCACAAAACGGCGAAAGAGAGAGAGAGGCCCCGCUCGGGGGAGGGCGGCGCGGUCCCCUGUCCCGAAACUGGCGGCACUAGUGCGGAGGGCUCCCCUCCAGGCCACCAAGCCGGCCCCUGGCCCUGAGGCCUUGCGAGUUUGUCCAGGUUGCGCCCCUGUGUGUUUUGUUCUGCAUCAUGUGGCUCGGCUGGGCAGGUGUGUGUGUGUGUGUGUGUGUGUGUGUGUGUGUGUGUGUGUGUGUGGCGGGGGCUGUGUUUGUGUGUGUGUGUGUGUGUGUGUGUGUGUCUGUGUGUGUGCUUGGCAUUUGGAAACGGCCUUGGAUUUGUUGGAGACAGACCGCCGCGACGGUGUGAAAGACGUGCGCGAAGUCUUCGCGAAAAGUUGCCAGGGCUGGCCUUCGUUGUCUUUUUGCUUGAAAGGCCAAACCAGGCACCGAAGCGCCCGGCGCUGCUUUUCGUUUGUUUUGUGUUUCGUCGUUGGUGGCAGCCCCGGCGCUGGUUCGUUGUGGACCGCUCGCACGCCGCUGGCAUCGGCGCCGGCCUGGGUGCGGUCGUGGCGCGCUUGUGUGAGCCCCCUGAACCGUAGGAACUCGGGGCGAGGGACAGGGGAAACACAGGCGGGGGAGCAGUAUCGCCACAGGAUGGCGGCGGCCAUCUUUCCACGCACAGGAUGCUGGAGGCUUUUUGCUUCUUCUGUCUCUUUAGAAAAGGAAAGACCUUGGCGAAAAGUUCUCGAAAUCUUUGAAAAUCUUCGUCGUUGAAUCUUUUCGAAAAGCAUGAGGCCCAGUCUUAACAUGGUCAAGACUUGGAAACUUUCUGCCGGCAAUCUGCGAAGGUUCUGGGGCUUUUGCCUUCUGUGUUUUUUGCUAAUGAAGGCAUGAAAAUGGCCCGCGCCCGCCAAGGACACAGAACUCGUGACAAUUUGCAGCGUGCGGGAGCGCGUAGCAGGGCUCUGCGUCUUGUGUUUUGCUUUUUGUGGUCUUUCUGUUUCUCUCUCCAAAGCUGUGACGUCUUUGAGGUUGUGCAUUUGUUUGGGAAUUUGUCGGGCGGUUGCGUCGCAGGCUGGCUCGUGUGUUGGCUUGUGGUGCUCUCAGUGCAGUGCCCGGGCUGGUCGUGUGUUGGUUCUGUCGGCUCUGCUUUCAGAGGCUUAGCAGAAGCCGCGUGAAGUGGACAGGUGCAAAAGCGGCGCGCGUGAGCCCCGGCAACUUUUCGCCAAGGUUCUCUGCUGUCGGUAGUCUUCGGGGGGGCGCGGCGGUCCCCAAGGUUUGGAAAGAAAGGCGCCGCUUGGAAAAAAGAAACGUCUCGGGGAAUAAAAUUUUGCUAGCUUGGGAAGGAGAUCGGCUUUGGGAAAAAAGUGAGGCCUUUGGCAAAAUUAUCGGCUUUAGAAAAUAUAGCCAGAAAGUAUACGUUUAUGUCCAGGCUACUUCUAGGGAGUCUUGUUCUGGAGAGGCUUUCUGAGAACUCUUGCUCGGUGCAGGAUAUUUCAAAAGCAUGCCUCAGAGGUCUUGCUCUGGCGGGGGUGUUUCAGAAUUCUUGUUCUUGGCAGGGUGUUUCAGAGUUCUUGUUCUGGGCAGGGUGUUCCAGAUGAUCUGGCUGUUUCGGUUGUCUUGUUCUGGCCAGGAUGUUUCAGGAGUCUUGGACUCGACAGGCUGUCCCAGAGGUCUUGCUCUGGCGGGGCUAUUUCAGCGGUCUGGCUCUGGCGUGCUUCCUUGUUUCAGAUUAGCUGCCCGUGGCAGGCUUUUUCAUAAAACCUGCUCGGCCGUUGUUCUUGGCAAGCUCUUUCAGAACAUUUGUGCUGGACAAGGUUCAAACAGGGCUGCUUCGGCUGAGCUGUCCGGGCUGGCUUGUUUCAGAUGUCUUGUUUUGGGGGAGCUUUUUUCGGGGUAGCUGUCUUGGGCAGGCUCUUUUAGAAAGCUUUCCUUGGGCAGGUUGUUCCAGGGCCUUUAUUCGGGGCAGGCUGUUUCAGAACCUUUGUCUUGGGCAGGCUGUUUCUGCGCCUUUGUUCUGGACAGGCUGCCUCAGAGCCUUUGCUCUGGGUAGGGUUAAAAUGCCCCCGGUCUCGGAUAUCAUAUCAUUACAUACUCAAGUUGCCGGCCAUGUCGUUAGGCCAGAGGAACAAGCUCGAAGCCCUCAGCCACAAAACGGCGAGAGCGUGCACCCCUGGGAAUUUAUCGGUCUAACAAAUGUAUGCGCUUGUCUGUGAGUGGCUCUGUGUGUGUGGGUGUACGUAGCUCUGUGCGCGUGUCUGGCUAGGGCUGUGUCUGUGUGUGUGGCUGCGGCUCUUCAUACAUUUGCGGGGUAGUGACGACUACUUUCCAACAAGUGCAGUUCUAACAUUUCUCCACGGACUGGAAGCUGCAUAGACGCGAAGCAAGUAUUUGGGCAGUGUUGGACAAGGCCAAGAAGUGCGCGUCUUCUCUGCCAGACUCGUUCGCAGAGAAAGCUUUGAGCCUGAAAAAGGCUUACGACGAGGGGAUGAUGGAGGAGGACAGGAAACAGGAGCUGCCAUGAUUUUUACAGACAUGUGAAGCAUCCAGAGAUCAAUCCACUUUCAUCUUACAACACCGACCUCGGAUGAAGAUAUUAUUCGUCGUGGGCCUGGUUCACCUUGACCUUGGUCCUUGGAAUGACAAUAUUCACUUUAGUCUAACUAAGAAAACGGAAGGUCUCGAGUGGAUGAAU